AUGUUUGUGAAAUGGUUUGAUACAGUAAUGUUUUACUAUGUGAUUUUAGUGAAUUUAGUGAAUGUCACUUUUUGUCAUUUUCAAAUUUCCCGCCGUUCCGUCCCCCGUAUGUCCCGACGUCGCAGGGGACGGAACCCAGAUGAAAGAUGCCGGCAUCCGCCGGAGGACAUUACAGGGGACACUGCAGGAGGGACAUCGUGGGAGCGCAGGACAAGGUAAGAGAAGAACAGAUCCCGGAGCAGCACUGCAUGGUAAGCCCGAGUGUAGCUCAGGUUUACCGCUUGUGCUACACUCGGGAAUACCUCCCGGGAGGCUA